AGGCAGUGGGCUCCGAGUCAACUGGUAUGACCGCGGGCACUGGGUCAGACAUUGGAUCGUCUGACUGGACAGCGGGCAUCGGGUCACCAGGCAUCAAGUCAUUUGGCUUGACAUCGAGCACCGCGUCAUCUGGCAAGGCAGUGGGCUCCGAGUCAACUGGCAUGACCGCGGGCACUGGGGCAGACAUUGAAUCGUCUGGCUGGACAGCGGGCAUCGGGUCACCAGGCAUCAGGUCAUUUGGCUCGACAGCGGGCACCGCGUCAUCUGGCAAGGCAGUGGGCUCCGAGUCAACAGGCACGACAGUGGGCACCGGGUCAUCAGGUACCGGGUUGUCUGGCUCGACAGCGGGCAUCGGGUCACCAGGCAUCAGGUCAUUUGGCUUGCCAGCGGGCACCGCGUCAUCUGGCAAGGCAGUGGGCACCGGGUCACCAGGCAUUAGAUCGUCUGGCUCGACAGCGGGCAUCGGGUCACCAGGUAUGACAGCGGGCACUGGGUCACCAGGCAUCAGGUCAUUUGGCUCGCCAGCGGGUACGGCAGUGGGCACCGAGUCACCAGGUACGACAGCGGGCUCUGAGUCAAUUGGC